AUGUAUCUUCCACGGUCCUUGAUCUCGAAAUUAUACAUUCACCUUCAGCAAACACGGCACCCUCUCUCCCCGCCCGUACUUAUUCUUGUCGCCCUCGAACCCGAUGCUCUUUGUGCUUGCCGAAUCCUUACUCGAUUGCUCAAACACGACUAUGUUCCUCACAAGAUUCAACCUGUUUCCGGAUACACCGACCUCGAGAAAGCCGGUCGGGAAUUGGUCACGCCCAUGAUGGAAUCUCAGGGUGGUAGUGGUGGUGUCGUUGUAUGCCUCGGUGUAGGAGGCAUGGUUGACUUGGGCCCAUUACUGGGACUUGAAUCCGAAGGUGAUGAUGCUCCUUACAGUGGCGUAGAGGUUUGGGUUAUGGAUGCACAUCGGCCUUGGAACCUUGGAAACGUUUUUGGUGGGUUUCCCCUUGACCCAGCAACCGAGAUAUCGUCCUCGUACCAGUCGAGGAGCCCGGCUGGAGUUGAUGGAGGGAAGAUCACCCGAGUAUUCAACCCUGGCAAAGGUGGUAUCAUCGUUUUCGAUGAUGGCGAUAUCGAGGAAGAUAUGGAGGCUGAGCGUACCGCAUACCUUGCUCUAAUAGACAUGCCCGAAAUUGAUGAUGAGGGUGAGGAAUUGGGAGAUACCGAUGACGAGGACGAGGCCAGUAACCACUUUGAUAAAGAACCUACGCACGCGGGUCAAAAACGAAAGAGUUGGUCAGAUGGAGAGGACGAUAGUGAUGAUGAUAGGCCCCGGCAACGGCGACGGAGUAACUCAUCCAGCUCAAUUCCGGAAUCACCACAGCGUCCCCAGCAAAGAGGGCUCCUUUCCUUACAGCAACUUGAUGUUGGGCUGUCAAGUGAUCCAGUCGAACCCCCUUCCGGAGCACAACCACCUGCAGGUCCAUCAGCUCGCGCAUUACGAAGACGACUAUUGCGAAUGCGAGAGAAGAACGAAGCCAUCCUUCAUCAGUACUACAAAUUCGGGUCCUCUUUCUCGGAACCGCUUUCCUCCAUGAUGUAUUCGCUUGCUUCCGAGUUAGGCAGAGAAGACAACGAUCUCCUGUGGCUGACGAUAGUUGGAGUUACAUCCAUGGAAAUCUACGGUCGCUCCUCAGCAGGUGUUGCGGCACCUGUCAGACAGAGCGACAAGAGCCGCCCGACAGGCUGGCUAGGAAUUCGGGGGACGAGAAUAAGGCAGCUUCUUCGGGACGAGGUGAGGCGACUCAACCCCCCAGAAAUUUCAAAUGGGCGUGUUGCUGUGGAAAAUACGGGUGUGAUUCCCACCACAGCGAGAAACCCGGAAGACACAGGGAUUCGAUUGUCUCCUGAGCCCAAAUUUCUGCUCAUUCGCCAUUGGAGUCUCUACGACAGUAUGCUACAUUCACCAUACCUUUUUUCACGUCUAAAAACCUGGAGUGAGACGGGAAUCAAGCGACUUCACAAAUUACUUGCAAAAAUGGGAGUCAGUCUUGUUCAAUGCAAGCAAAACUAUACCCACAUGGACAUGAUGCUGAAGCGCGAGCUUAGAGCGAAAUUGCUCAAGUACGGCUCACUUUACAACCUCGACGAAAUGGUGCCAUCAGUCGACACAGAUGGUAAGGAUCGUGCUGGAGCCAAAGAUGGAUGGGGCUUUGUCCGAAGUUGGGGUUUUCGCGCAACAUUGAGUGCUCAAGAUGUGGGAGUUGUCGUUGGUGCCCUCCUAGAAGUCGGCAAGCAUGCUCAGACCGACGACCCUGCUGCGGCCCGUCAAGAUGCUCGAGAAAUCGAGGAAGAGGUCGAACUUGCAGCUCAAGGGCAGGAAUGGAUUGAUCGGUUCUGGGGGGCAUACGACGCGCUCGAAGAUAUCGACGCGCUGAAAGCCGGACUACCCACUGCUCAAUUCCUUCAUCGAGCAAUUUAUCGUACAGGGACAUCACUCAUCAACAAAAAACAGAUUAAACACCUCCGAGCGUUCCGUAUGUGCGUGGUCAAGGAGGGGCCUGACGUCGCGCUUUUCACUCACCCCGCGGCACUAACCAAACUAUCACUUUGGGUCGGCGAGGCUCUUGCCGAACAAGAGAGAGAGGCUCACGGAAAGCUUUCGCACGGCGGCCGUGGUACACCACUUGUUGUUGCCGGCCUCAACGAGAAACGAGGUGUGUAUGUUGUGGUAGGCACGGGUGGCGGAGGUGGCCCGGACACAACAUUGCUCGAUAGAGAGGCCGCAAAGAAACGCAAAAUCGAAAGAGAAGCAAAGCUCAAGAAGAAGGAAGAGUCACGUCUAGCGAAGCAAAAAGUGCGAGAGGAUAAACGGGCAGCUCGACGAGAUGCAGGCGAUGAUGAUGAACUCGAGACAGAGUCAGAGGAUUCCGACAGCUCAGACUCGGAUAUGUCAGAUGAUGAUGGAGACGUCGAGCUUGAAAAGGGCUACGGCCUCAACAAAUUCGGCAUCGCAUUCCAAGAAGUAGUGUCAGAAACCAACACGAGGGUACGAAUCGAUAGUUUCGAGCAUUGUGUGGUGGAAGUGAAGAAGGAGGAUCUUAGCGGAUUCCUCGAGAGUUUGAGCAUGAAGGUCGUUGUGGGUUAA